UGAGCUGCUUCAUAACACCCAGUUCACGUAUGCUGUUUGUUUUUAUUUCAUCAGCUUUCGUGUCAGUCUGAGCGUGCGUUUUCUUCGCGCAAUCCGUUCUUUAAUUAGUCUUCAGUUGACGUUUGGGACGGGUUAAAAUAGAAUACCGUUGCAGAAACGUCCACAAAGACGGUUAGAGUUUUCUGAGAGGAAAUUGGUAGCGUUUCCUGAAACGACUACCACAACCAUCAUAUAGUUGCCAACUGGCCGGAUAUGAGUGACACAUAGUGUUAUAGAAUUCAGAACUUAUUAGCUAACCAUGAAGCAUUUCUUCACGUAGUUCACGGUGAGUGACUUCUCACUAAACCUAUUCAGUGAUACUGUACUACUUACAGGGAAAACUAUAGACUGCAAACCAGUUGGAGUCCAUUUUGAUAAAAUGCUGUCGCAAGUUUUUUUUUCCUUUGUUCUUCUAGAUAACGAUCUUAAAUAAUUUGGUAGUGGUAGAAGAUAACGUUUUCGAGUACUUUUUCUAGCAACUCGUAAAGCUGUGGGAAACUACAAAGUUAUUCCGAAAUGCGAAUAUGAUACGAUACAGUUUGACUCUGUACAAAACUACUGGGAUGAUAUUCGAGACACAUUUGUGAUCGCAAAGUUGACGUCGUCAUGGCCCUUUUUAUAUGGAAUCUUGUGAAGAAACUGUAUAGGAUAGGUCACCAUCAGACUUCUUCCGACAACGGACAAACUAACGAACCUGAGGCACAAGCUACAGUGAGUUAUUCUGUUACGGGAGAAAGUGUUUUAAUUCCAAACAAUGGCGCAACUCGAAAUACGUUUACCUCGUCAUCCUCUCGCGAGGCACGAGACAACUCGCAAUCACUUCUCAGCUGUGAACACUUGACUGACAUCUUAUGGAUUGAUUGCGAUAAUUCCUCAGAUUUGGAUGCUGUAAAGGGCAAGACCAAUAAUGAAAGACUCGCUGAGAUAGUUGGGCCACCCGAAAGAGAGAGUGUUAGGAUAGAGUUCUCAGAAACAGAAUUACGACCCACUUGCAACAAACCGAUUAAAGAAACGGUUAACGAUUCUACUCAGCGCAAUGCUGACGGAGGUAAAAGUAAACUAAACAACCACACAGUUCGACCAUCUUUCGUUAACAAAGACGAUAAUUCUUUUGGUUCACAACCUAUCGGAGUCGUUCGACACCAGACACUGACUUCAGAAGAAACAGAAAUGAAUAGAGAUGAGAUAAGCCCUGAGCGUCUCUCUGAUUACUGUACAAUCGAUAAAAUAGAUAAAAGCUUACAGAAUGUGGCAGUAGAACUGUCCUAUUCUAGGAAACCGUUGUGUGAGAAGCUAACAGACACUAAUCCGACAUUUGAGAAGCAUGACGUCACUUAUUUAAAGAAUUCAACUGAAAACUCGCAUAAGCUGGACAUCCUUGUUCCAGAUGAAGGACAUUGUAAAAUCCCAGAUAAUUGUCAAAAAUCUAAAUCAGAAGAGUCUUUUCGUGAUGAGCUGCGUUUUCCAAAAGAGCAAGUGACUCUUGGACAGGUCAGGGUUGAAGAUGGGGUUCAGAAAUCAAUACAAGACGGGUCUCAUCAAACAAACAUAGGAAUACACAAUACAGAAACAUCAGGAGCUCUCAGAAACUGCGAGGCUACUAAAGGUAGAAUUAAACGAAGAGAGUUAUUACGCAGCUCUGGUGGCAACAUUUUAAGACCAGCUAGGAGACCAAGUGAUGUCGCUGCAUUGACUGAAUCAACAUUCAGCGCCAUCUACCAACCUUUCAAUUCCGUAAAGACCCAGCUCGUGCGACAAGCGCGUGACAUACUUCUUUGUCAAUUCCUGGGAGACUUCAAGAAAUUCCAUGAAGGUUUCUUACUACCAGCUGGAACACUCCUCCAAAUAAUUCAGUAUAAGUUACCACCCCCCCCCGAACUUUGGAUCCGUGGGUACGAUAUCACAGUGACGGUUAAAUUACACAAGAUGGCGGUGUUCAUUAAGUAUCUUCCCUCUAGUAUAUCAAUUGAAAAUUAG